AUGGCCAUGAUGAGCAAUGGAGAUAAUUGCCUGAUCAUUUACUUGCUGCUUGGUUUCUUGUUGAUCCAUUAUGGCAAUGGGAAUGUCGUCAAGGCAUCUAGAUGGCUUGAAGAUCAAGACCUUUCAGUCGUCGUACCAGCAGCUCCUUCGAUUGAUAUUGGUGAGCAUACACAAUACUAUUUCAUGUCUUCAAAAGUGCUACAGAAGGUUGCUAAAAAGAAGAAAGGCAAGCCAGCUCCACCGCCUCCCAGGACUAAUAAACCGGGUCAUUUCUCUUACACCCCACCGCCACCUAGACGACCGCCUCCUAGUCAUCCACCACCGGUUGAGGAACCCUAUAAGCAUGAAAAGGGAACUACAACAUUGGGUCAUAUUUUCAACAAAGAAUGGAUUAUGGUAGCAGUGGAUCAUUCAAGCCUAUCAUCAGCUGAUGCAUUUCCAGAAAACAUAAUUAAACACAAUUCGCACCUGCUUGUUGCUUUUUCCGGAGGGAGCGAAAAUUCUCGCGAAUUCCUCCUUAAUCAUCUCCCAGACAAGGGACCUUCCCUGUACAAGGUAGACGGUAAUGGGAAAUUGCUUAAACGAUCAUUCGUUGGAACUGGAUCUGGUUCAACUGGUCAAGGUAUAUUUCUUUCCAGGUUUUUCUUUAUGCCUGGUGAGGAUAUAUCCAUGGUUGAAGCUGUGGAGGUGACCAAGAGUGCACUUUGUAUAGGUGCAUAUAACGCGCCUGAAAGUCGUGAAUAUGGCAAUGUUUUCCUUGUCGACAAAGCUGGGAUUACGCCGGUGGUCUUCAAUGAAGAUAUAACAGAAUGGCAAAAGCAGCACUUCAGCAAAGCUGGGAGAGAAUGGCAAGAGCCGCAACUCAGGAAAACUUACCGGCUGAUGUCUUUUUUCUAG